UAGAAUGGAAGAACUCAAAACUGAAGAACUCAAUAAUGAAACAGCUGAAAAUGAUGAAAUUAUCGUCUUUAGAGUUAUUAGAAGGAAAGAACUUAAUAAUUUAUUGCAAAAGCUUCAAGAGCUACAAUAA